AGGCGCUCUGCAGCUCUUUACUCCGCCGAUAAACCCACUAAAGAAAGAAAGAAAGAGCUCGCGUGUGAUGUGUUUGUGUAUUCUCAGUGUUUUUCUCUCUUGAGUGUUUUAUUGAUUGUAAACAGAGUCUUGUCUCUGUGUAUUUUAGUGUUGAUGAUGAGAUGGAUUUGAUGUGCUGUAAAUCAGGAACUGAUCAGGACUUACAGGAUGAUGAAUCUACUGAUCAAACCUCCACAGAGUCUCUGGAUUCUGUCUGUAACGCUGGAGAACAGCAGCAGAUCCUGCAGACCAAACUCAAGAAGUGUUCAGUCAUACUCAUCGACUUCAGGAACCUCAUGAAGAAGAUCAAAACUGAAACUACAGAAAUAAAAACUGAACCCAAAGAAAUAAAAACUGAACCGACAGCAGAUGAAUAUGAAGACAAGCAUAAUGAUGAACAUGAUUUUAUUCUGUCGGAUGUAAAGACUGAAUCAUGUUUGAAUGGAGAAAUAACGUCCUCAACAUCAGAAGAGCGACUGACUGCACAAACAGUUUCCUGCAUCACCGGUGGAGAGACAUUGAGCUCACAGAGACUUUUAAAGAGAAAACACACAGAACAGAAACAUCAUCUGAAGAAACACACCAAUGAGAGACCGUAUCAGUGCAGUGAAUGUGGAAAAACUUUUAGGGAUUCACUUUCUCUAACUUCACACCAAACCCUACACACUGAAGAGAAACCCUUUCAAUGUUCACACUGUGAUGAACGUUUCAGUCAUAAAUCUCAUCUGAUAGUUCAUGAGAGAGUUCAUACUGGAGAGAAACUUUAUCACUGUGAUGUUUGUGAGAAGAGUUUUAUUCAACAUGAGAAUUUAGUGAGACAUCAGAGAACUCAUACAGAUGAAAAACAUUACAAAUGCUCUCAUUGUGGGAAGACAUUUGCUUAUUCAGGGUCCUUAAAAGUCCAUGAGAGAAUUCACACUGGAGAGAAACCUUACGUCUGCUCGAUCUGUGGAAGGAGUUUCUCACAUCACAAUGCCUUUAGAAUCCAUAAGAGAAUUCACACUGGAGAGAAACAUCAUCACUGUGAUGUUUGUGGGACGAGUUUUUAUCAACAUCAAGAUUUAGUGACUCACCAGAGAAUUCAUACAGGAGAAAGACCUUACAAAUGCUCUCAGUGUGAGAAGAUGUUUACUCAGUUACAACACUUACAAAUCCAUGAAAGAGUUCACACUGGAGAGAAACCUUACGUCUGCUCUCAUUGUGGAAAAAGCUUUUCUGAUCCAUCUUAUUUUAGAGUUCAUGAGAGAAUUCACACUGGAGAGAAACCUCAUCACUGUAAUAUUUGUGGGAAGAGUUUUAAUCUACGUGAUUAUUUAGUGAAACAUCAGAGAAUUCAUACAGGUGAAAGACCUUACAAAUGCUCUCAGUGUGAGAAGACGUUUGCUCAGUCAGUUCACUUAAAAACCCACCAGAGAGUUCAUACUGGAGAAAAACCUUACGUCUGCUCGAUCUGUGGAGAGAGAUUUGCUCGUUCUGGAAGUCUUCAGAAUCAUCAGAAGAAACAUACCAACACAAACUACAUCAAAGUGUCUUAAAGUUUUUACUGCUGUGUCGAAUAUUACCUCUUCACCAGACAAAUAAACAAGUCAACCAAUAA